CUCGUAGGCAGCAGUCAUCUGCCCUGGUAGAGGCGGAUCCUCUCAAGUUAAGGUUGGCAAGCAGCCAUAUUGCUACUAACCAGAGCGCCCCUUCGCCGCAAACCAACGUGAAGGGUCUAGAAAGUUGUAGACAAACUGGCAGCAGCAAAUGACUCGCCUGUGUGGGCUGCUGUCCGUCUAGCAGCGCCACAGCCCAACAGCCACUGAAAUGACAACGUGCAUUACAAGGCUACCCAACUUGAACGAGGUGCUCGAUAUAUGGUGACCAGUCUAUACUUAAAUGGAAUUUAAUCUACUGCAAGAAACACUGCCUGGUAAUGACACAUCGUGCAUUCUUCACAACAGCAAUAGUGUUUUUUAUUAAUACAGACGAAAAAGUGUAAACUAAAGACUCGCAAAGACAAGCAGCGUGCAUAAAUACAAAUACAUUUACAUAUAUUUUUUACACUGGGAGGUGGCGUUGCAGCUUUCUGAGGACUGAACGGCAAGGGCGGCAGAGCUGGGUCUGGACUUUGAAACGAGUUGCAUCGUCUCACAGCUGUAUUUGAACGCAGCUGCUACAGGGGGCGAAUAUACUGCACAAUAAAGCGGAAGUUUGAAAGAUGAAACACAGCUCUGUGCAUGAAAAGGCAGCUGAAAUAAAGAAGCGUGCAACAUAUCCAUUUAGACUGCGAGAAUAAAUCGUACAUGUUUCCAGAAGCUAAGGCAUAGUUUUGAGAGCGAUCUUCUCUUUUGUUCAGUAAAGCAGCAUUAUUCUGUACAGCUGUCACACUGAUGUGUGUAUUAGACAGCUUAGUAUGCAGUUUGUAUUUAAAACGAUGAUCACUGCCGAGUAAUUGAGUGACUGGAUUGUACACUACUGACAGUAUUUCUGCAAAGCUCUAGGGAGUGAGGGACAGCUUGCUGCAGUGCCCUGUGCUCCUGCAGGUUGCUCUUCUGGUUCCCAUGCAAAGCCGCCAGUAAUACUAUCGGCAAAGGGACUUGGUCUACCUAGAGGCUGAAAUAAAUAAAUGUUGAGGACACAACUUCUCUGCCAUGGAAGGAAUUGAGAAUGCUGUCCAGAAAAGAGUUAAUGACCUGCAGCGUAUGGCUGAGGUUCAUGUCACAGGAGAACAGUUAAGGCUCAGACUCCAUGAAGACAAGGUCAUCAAAGACCGUCGCUAUCACCUCAGGACUUAUCCCAACUGUUUUGUAGCUAAAGAAUUAACUGACUGGCUAAUAGAGCACAAAGAAACUUCAGAUCGGGAGACAGCAGUCAAACUAAUGCAGAUAUUGGUUGACUACAGUGUUGUACAUCAUGUUUGCGAUGAGCAUAAAGACUUUAAAGAUGCCAAACUUUUCUACCGUUUCAGGAAAGAUGAUGGAACUCUUCCACUGGAUAAUGAAAUGAAUGUGUUCAUGAGAGGACAGAGGCUAUAUGAAAAGCUGAUGAACACAGAAAGUACACUGCUUCAGAAAAGAGAAGAGGAUGGGGUGAAGUAUGAAAGAAGUUGCCCAGGAAGUGACAUGAUUGAGUGGCUGAUCCAAGAAGGGGAGUCCUCCACAAGGGAAGAAGCAGAACAGCUAGGACGUCGCCUUUUGGAGCAUGGCAUCCUUCAACAUGUGGCCAACAAGCAUCACUUUAUGGAUAACAGUUUGUUAUACCAGUUCAGAAUAAAUUUCCGCCGGAAGAGGAGACUUAUGGAACUUCUGAGUGAGAAAUCUCCAUCCAUCACUGAAUGUCAAGACAGUCCUUUCUGUCCGCGCAAGAAAACCCUUGACAACAGGAGCACAAGUUUUCUCUCAGUGAGCCCUCCCAAGGAGAUGCGGGUCGUGUCUGCUGUAAGAAGAAGUAGCAUGAGCAGCAGCUGUGGCAGCAGUGGGUAUUUCAGCAGUGGCAGUCCUAUCCUCAGCAGCAGUCCUCCUGUCCUCUGCAACCCUAAAUCAGUGUUGAAAAGACAAGUGACUGCGGAAGAACUCCUUGCUCCAAAUACACCUUUCAUAAAAAAGACGCUUACAAUUGUAGGAGAUGCAGUUGGAUGGGGCUUUGUGGUACGAGGAAGCAAACCUUGCCAUGUCCAAGCAGUUGACCCUUCAGGCCCAGCAGCUGCUGCUGGAAUGAAGGUCUGUCAGUUUAUUGUAUCAGUGAAUGGACUAGGUGUUCUUCAUGUGGACUACAAGGCUGUGAGCAAUCUGAUUCUAACUGGACCACGGACUAUUGUGAUGGAAGUAAUGGAGGAAGCAGAUUAACAAGAGGAAAUAAAACAACUCUCAAACAAUCCAAGUAAUCAGAAACAACACCAAAGAACUUACUGAGGAGAUGGCGAGAAAAAAAGCUGUGAUUUGAUAAUUGCUGUAAAACUGGAAAAUGGAAAACAUUACUAGUACUUCAGUUUGGUUACUUUUCUACUGACAUGUUUGUGCUGCAGUCAGCCUUAAAACAAGCAGUACUAAGAGUUCUCUUAUAAGAAUAGCAUUAAAAUUUAAUUUAUAAUGUAAAUACGUGUACCAGAAGGAGAGAACCAAAAUUAAUACAUACUUCUGAAAGUGUGCCACAGCUUGCAUUCUAUCCUCUUUGCAGCACUUAAAUAUAUACGCAAAGGGACUAAUUUUGGUGUCUUGUCCAGAUCUUCAUUGCUACUUACUUUUGAUCUGUCCAUGUGCUGCUUCAAUGUCCAUCUGCACUGUAUCAGACACUCAUGACUGACAGCAAACUUUAACUGCAGGAUAUGAAUGUGCAGCUUUUUAGUGUAGUGCUGCUUAUCAGAGAACUGAAAUAAUGCAGGUAUAAUAAGAGCUAUAACAAAUAAUGUUAUGGGAAAGAGUCUGGACCUCUGAAUCAAAUAAUGCAGUUGCUUAAAUGUCAUUGCAUACUUUUCAUAAUUAAAGCAUUUAUAAUGCUGUCUGCUUAGCCAAAACAAAGCUUUUUAUGCAUAAGACAACACAGGGUGGCAUUACUAAACUAAUCAGCUUACUGGAACAUUUCUCGGACAGAAUGAUGUUUAUUCUAUAUUUACAAAUAUUUCAGAAUGUUAUCAGUAUUCCUUACCUCCUUUAUAUCAUAUGUAAAUGCCAGUCACUGCAACCGGACUGCAAAUUUUAUUGUUUCACUGAAGAGGAACCACAUGAUGCCACAAAAGUGAGAUUUCACGGACAUAUAUGUUUCAGGUAUGACCUGGGACAAAUGCAAUUCUACAAGCAAAAGGUACAGAUUUAUACAUACAAUUAACUAGUCAGUGGGAAAUACAAAGAAUGAUGUGCAGAAAUGAAAUUAAAAUAUUGGGAAAUGCAAAUAAUAAGAUAUUAGAUGAUAUUAGUGCAUUCUAUAGAAUAACAGCAUAGUAGGACUUGAGAUUCAGUUUACAGCUGCUGCUGUCAGAUUCAUUUCUUGAUUUGGCUGUCAUUGAACUAAAUAUGAUGCAAAUGCCCAAAUGAACACCAGUAUUAAAUAUAAUCAGUCGUCCUUUGAGUGUGCAUAGCUGGGUAGGGUACGCACAUAUAUCUAAACAAGCUGCAUUACUAACUAUACCCAUUGUUUUGUGUGUACUCAGGUGGGAUAACCAAUGAUGUGUCAGCAGAAAAUAUGACUUUUGAAGGACAAAUAAGAGUUAAGGGCUGAAGUUUCCAUAGCUUAAAACUAAGGAAAGAGAGAGAUAGAGAGCUUCUACCCUAGUUGUAUGUUUGAGCAUGGGAAUAGGUAGGUUAUCCUGUCUUUUCUGGGAAGAGGAAGGAGUCUUUGCAGUAUAAGCCUCAUUUAGAAUGUUAGCCACUGAGGGGUAGCAGAUCAAAUAGCAGUUGAAAGGAUGUGUACUGAUUAAUAACUCAGCUCCUGCUGAGACUGGUAGCUGAUUACCCAUCUGACAGUUGAGCAGUAGAGCUCAGGUUUAUUUAAUUUGAUGUAAUGAUUCACUUUAUUAGCCGUACGUAUUAUGGAUGUUUAUCACUCCACUGUUACUCUGUAGUAAACUACAUGAUCACAUGCACUUAAAUACCACAUAAAGUGUAGCCCAGAGCCAUUUACUUAACUUUUUCAAGGCUCUUAGGAUUGCCACCUUUUAAGCAGGCCAAAGUGGGAUAUGGAGGUGUGGCCAAUAUGACAUUGGUCACACCCUCUACCAUGAUGUCACCACAGGAGUGUUGAAAGAGAUACAGUUAUGGUUACAACAGUGUGAAGUUGUUACGUCAUACUGAAGUCUCACAAACCAUUUAAACUACGCAGCUUUAACAGUAAAAGUAAAGCAUUACUGCAAAAACACACACAUUACUCAGCUGUAACAGUAAGUAAACAUUACAGAAAAAAACACACUACUCAUAUUAAACAGACAAUUUUUAUGUUUAUCUAAAAAAGCAAACAACUCUUGAAUUCUUUAUAUUACACUAACCAUAACUAUUCUACGCAAGAAAACUAAAAAAAAAUCUACAUACUGCA